AUGCCAUGGACACAUGACUCCUGCAAAGAGAUUGCCGGGGAACACUUACAAACUUACAUAAUUGCUAUGCAAGUCGAUUCUUUUCAAAGAGCGAAUUCUAUCGGAGUCGCAAUGAAUAACGCCGGGCUCACAUCUGCCGCGUGGGCAUCGGAGCCAACUAACGGGUGGGCCUGGAGACGGCUAACUGUAGCCGACAGCACCCUGAUUCAAGGAAGUCUCCCGGGACUGGGGGUGAAGAGCACCCCGUUGCGAAGCAUCUACCAUGAUCGAGGGGCUUGUGUCAUGUCAGCAGCACCGGCGAUUCGGACACUCAAGUUUACCAAGUAUCUGGUCUGACAUUCAAUCAACUGAGACAAAUUAAAUGAUCUUCUUCUUGAUUAUAGUUACAUCCUUUUGUUCUGUUGUAGUAUAUAAAUAAGUGACAUUGCUCUGAACCAAACCAAACGAAAAGAAAGGGAAAGAAAAAAGAAAAAACAGAACAGAAAGUAUCAAAAAAGUAAAAUAAAAUAAAAAUAUUCCAUGAAUGAUUUUCUUCCUUAUAUGUAAAUAUUUAAUUCCUUUCUUUGUAGUUAAAAAAAAGUAACAAAGUGUGGAGAGAUUUCAAUAUAAGAAUGAAGACCGAGUUCUACUGAUGGAUAUUGAUGAUGAUGAUGAUGAUGAUGA